ACGAAUCUGACGCAGACAAUCGUCGUGUUGCUAAUAUCAUCGAAUAUCUCAAUAAAUGCCAUUUGUUUUUGCGUAUUUCCGGAGGGAUGACCGGAUUGUCAAUGCAUUAGAAGUGCUAAAUGGUUGAUUUUGUUUUUACAUUGCUGAGUGUACAGGGAAACUGCUGAACUUGCAUUGAGCAAGUUGAAGUAUCAGCAAGGAUAAAGAGAAGUUGAAGUGUGCCUACUUUUUCAUUCGAUUCCAAUAGAUCAUUUUGAUCGAGCUUAUGGAUGCCAUGCUUGUUGGAUUUUCUGCAUGACAUGCACAUUAGUGGUGAAGAUAGCACUGCAAUAAAAAUGCGGUCAACAGUUGAGUAGGUACCUACCUGGAACCCGUGGCCUGGUACUUACCGAAACUACCUACUCUCAUGUUGAGCCAUGCUUGGAUUUAUUACUAGACAGCUAAUAAGACAAGAAGUGGGCUUGUAUUUUACUUGAAGUAAGAAGCUACAGCAAGACAUGACAUCCCAAAGUAUUGAAAUCUUCAGACAUGUGUUGUGGACGUCAGUCACUGGAGGGUGGUUCUAUGAUCCGCAUCAAAAUGUUAUUAUUAACACAAUUCAGCUCUACUUUUGGAUUUUGUUACUAUGUGCACCAUUUCUUAUUACAAUGUAUUCAUCAAGAUCCACAACAAUCUGGGCCAUCUAUUGUACCUGUGUCUUCAUUAUAUUCAGUGUCAUCAAGUUCAUCAACUACCAGCUGCACAAAAUGUAUGACACAUCAGAGUAUGUUGAAGAAAAGGGAGAGCCUGAACCAUCCACUGACAAAGAAAAAGCAAGCGGCGCCGCGGACAGUAUUGAGCUCUCCGUGCUGGAGGGCGCCCGUUCGGGACCGACGGCCGACACUCCUCCCGUGGACUGCAGCUCACGGAACUCUGCGCACGAGCUGGGCGCGGCACAGUCGCCCACCAGUCGCCGGCCGCACCCGGCCACAGUCAGCCAGACGUACGGCGCGGAGACCAUCGAUCUGCACGCCGACGUGCACCAGAUGGAGGGCGGUCUCUCCGUGCCGCGGGAAGUGUCUGCCAGCCAGCGGAUACAGCACCGGCUCCGUUCGCCGACCAGUAUCACAGACCACCCGAUUGAUCUCAUCUCUGAGCUUCCUGAGGACAAGCUGGAGCAGGACCACACCAACCUGGCCCGGCUGUCUGACCAGACGUCCGGCGGUGACCACAUGCCUUCCAGCCUGUCUCUCGGCCUGGUGACUCCCUCAGAGGUGGAGCAUAUCCGAGAGUCGGGCAUCUUCGACCUGCCGGCGCUACUCUCAGCCGUGCGCGAGCGAGGAAUUGGGUAG